AUGUUCCGCUGGGGUCGCAAGCCAGCCUCCACCGGCGCUGCCUCUGGUGGUGGCAGUGGCAGCACCCGUGAGAUCAACCAGGCCACACAGCGCAAGUUUGCGCGUGGCGUUGACUGCAACAUGAAAAUCCUCAUCAGGGGGGAGCGCAAGACAGGCAAGAGCUCCCUCCUCGCACGCCUGCAGAACAAACCCGCCCCACGCGAGUACAAGCAGACGCCCCAAAUCGACGUGGCGAACAUCUCGUGGAAGUACAAGUCCUCGCCUGGCAUCGUCAAGGUUGAGUUGUGGGACGUCGUUGACCAAGGCAUCCCAUCGUCCGUGGCCCUUCCAACUGGCCAGGUGGCGCCGUGUCUGGACGCGUCGUUCAUUGCAGACAUUUACAAAGGUGUGCAUGGUGUCAUCUUCGUGUUUGAUGUGGCCAAGAACUGGACGUUCAAGUAUGUCGAGCGGGAAAUCCUCAGCGUCCCGCCCUCCAUUCCCGUUCUCAUCCUGGUGAACUUUGGGCUGAGUUAUGUGAACAAGUUUUUUGGGCUGCCGUAUCUGUAUGUGCAGCGGCUGUGGCACGAGGCGCAGCUCAAGGCAAACAAGACAGACGCCACGGCGCUGGUUGAUGAACUGACGGCCAUUGGUCCAGAUGCCGAUGAACAGAGCUACGCAAAAUUCAUUGAGCGACGAAAGGCAAAAGAGGCGCAGCGCAAGGCAGCGGAGCAAGCGGAGGCACUGCGGCAGCUCGAACAACAACAACAGCAGCAGCAACAAGGGUCUGCGCUGGGUGUGUUUGCCCGCAUGCGCUCAUCUCUGAGCGCAACAAUGAGACGCCAGGACGAGUCGCCAACGCGGCAGCAAAAACACGAAGACCAGAACCAGCAGCAUGCGACUGGGCCGCGCCCGCCACAGCAGGUCGCCAGCGUUGAGGACUUUGUGCCAGACGAGCAGCUGCCUGACGAUUUCUUUGGCGAUGACGACGAUGAUGCAACGGCCGCCGGAAAGGGAACAAAGCCACAACACACAGCAGCAAAGACAAAGGCAGAAACACACACCACCCCCACGACCACCACCACUGCUGUCGCCGACGACGGCGAUGAUGAUGAUGAUGACGAUGAUGUUGGCGGGUUUGUGAUUGCCGGUGACGACGACGUUGAGGAGAGCGAUGCUGAGGCUGCCAAUGCCGUGCGCGACAGCAGUGAUAGUGAUGGUGAUGCGAUGGUGAUGGCCGAUGCUUCCGAUGUGGAAGACAGCGACGCAAACAUUGGCGCCGUGAGCGAUUCCGACUCGGAGCCAGAUGCAGCGGCGACACGACAGACAGAAACGAAGCCAUCGCAUGGUCGUGGUGAUGGGGAUGAGGAGGGGAGUAGCAGUGAACAGCAGCAGCAGCAGCAGCAGCAGCAGCAGCAGCAUGGCAAUGAUGACGAUGAUGAUGGCGUCAUGACCGAAGGCGUGCAGCAUCCCAUCACCAACGACGAUGGCGACGAUGAUGACGACGACGGUGGCCCCAAUCCGCUGCUGAUGGCGGAUGAGGAUGUGAGCGACGAAGACCUGCAGCAGCAGCAGCAGCAGCAGCAGCAUGGCAAUGAUGACGAUGAUGAUGGCGUCAUGACCGAAGGCGUGCAGCAUCCCAUCACCAACGACGAUGGCGACGAUGAUGACGACGACGGUGGCCCCAAUCCGCUGCUGAUGGCGGAUGAGGAUGUGAGCGACGAAGACCUGCAGAUUGCUGUUGGUGACGACAUUGAGGUGAGCGACGAUAGCGAGGAGGAGGACGAGAACGCACGCACACAGCAGCAGCAGCAGCAACAACAACAACAACAGCAGCAGCCACAAGAGCAAGAUGCUAGUGACGACGGUGUUAUUGAAGACAGCAGCGAUAAUGACACUGACGCUGCCAAGAGGAGAGGCAAGGGCGAUGAGAAGGCACGUGGUGAUGGUGGUGACGAUGGUGACAAUGAUGGUGGUGAUGAUGCAGCCAGCACAGGUGGGAGCAGGAGGAGGAAGAGCAAGGAGAAGGAUCAAGAGAAGGACAAGAAGAACAGGGACAAGAAGAAGAAGCAGAAAGACAAGAGGAGUGGCAGUGAUGGCGGUGAUGGUGUUGUUGUCGCUGGUGAUGAAGACGUUGUUGAUGGAAGCGAACUGCGCAAGGACAAGAAGAAGAAGAAAAAGAAGGACAAGAAGGACAAGGCGAAGCACAGCACGGGCGCUGACAGCAGCAGUGGCAGCAACAGCAGCAAGAAGAAGAAGAAGAAGAGCAAGAAGAGCAAGAAGAGCGACGCAUCGAGCGCAGCAACGGCGGUGACGACCACGUCUGUGUUCAGCGACACGGCUGAGCUUGAUGCCUUCCUUAACGAUGACCCGCUUUCUCCAACGCACGACGCUGAUGAUGAUGAUGCUGGCGACAUGAUGGAUGAUCAGAACCAGGGCGGAUUCGGUGCGCCCGCAAGCGACUACACUCCACUCUAG